UGAUCCAAAUUAACCCCCACUUCAUUUCGUCGGUUUCCUUUUCAUUUCUUUCUCUCUCUUGCGCGCGGUGUUCAACCUUUUGCUCUUCUUCCCAAGCUUCCCAUAGCCGACUACAGUCUCAAGUUUUCUUCAGUUUCAGAUCUCUCUCCCCCACACAAUCCCCAGUUGCAUGGGCAUCCGCCAUCAGAUCGUAAAUCCUCGCUUCGUUUUUCAUUGCCCUCACAGUUUCAAAUUCCGGAACUAGAUCUCUGCUUUUUGGGCCCUCAAAAGAAGAGACCAUUCGACUCUUUUGAGGGAUGUUUGGUCAUGGGGUUUCUGAUUUCAGCUCUGAUCUGCAUUUAGUUGCCAUGUAAUAUGGAUUUCAGAUUGAACUUGGAGGGGCCUGUGGUGAGAAAUUGUUCUUCGUGGCGAUUGUGUGAAUUUGACGGUACUUGAUUUUUGAAUGUGUGGAGUGAAUUGGGUCUGGGUUUUUGGUCGUCAGGGGUGAAUACGGUUUUGAAGGUCUGGAAGAAAACAUGUUCUGGAAGGACCGUGAUAGGGAGAACAAAGAACUGAAUGGGGCGCCACUCUGUGGCCAGGUUCGAGUGCUUGUGGUUGGUGAUUCAGGUGUGGGGAAAACUUCUCUUGUUCAUCUAAUUGUAAACGGUUCUUCCACUUCUUGCCCUUCUCAAACUAUUGGUUGUACAGUUGGUGUUAAGCAUAUCACUUAUGGAAAUGCUGGUAGCUCAUCAAGUAGUAUAAAAGGUGAUGCCGAGAGAGAUUUCUUUGUUGAACUUUGGGAUGUGUCAGGCCAUGAGCGCUACAAAGACUGCCGCUCUCUCUUCUAUUCUCAGAUUAAUGGUGUCAUUUUUGUUCAUGAUCUUUCCCAGAGGAGGACAAAAUCAAGCCUACAGAAGUGGGCAGUAGAAAUUGCAACAAUUGGGACAUUUUCAGCUCCCCUAGGAUCUGGAGGCCCUGGUGGCCUUCCUGUGCCUUAUAUUGUUAUUGGUAACAAAGUGGAUAUUGCUGCUAAAGAUGGUGCAAGAGGAAGUAGCGGUAAUCUAGUUGAUGUUGCUCGCCAAUGGGUUGAGAAGCAGGGUCUGCUUCCCUUUAGUGAGGAAAUUCCAUUAACUGAAAGUUUUCCUGGCAGCGGAGGACUUCUUGCUGCUGCCAAAGAAGCGAGAUAUGACAAGGAAGCUGUGACGAAAUUUUUUCGCUCGCUCAUCCGAAGAAGAUAUUUCUCAGAUAGUUUACCUGCACCGAACACUUGGUCAAUUUCUCCAGUUUCAAAUUCUGUACAGCGUCUUGACGAGGGUGUCAGUGACGACGACCAGUCAUACAGCCAUGGAAGUAUAAUCAGCGAAACAUACAAGUACAACGUGCUUCCCUCACUCCCAGCACAGCGCAAUCUUACUCCGCCUCCGACGCUUUAUCCCCAGCAGCCAUUUUCGGUCUCUGAAAACUACAGCCUUCCAAAAUUUGCUCUUUCAGCCUCCCAGGAGAUGAACAAUUCUACCAGAUCGAAGCGCUCGGAUAUAAACGUAUGAUCGAUCAACGACAAGCUCGGGUGAUGGAAAUGGCUGUGGCACAGUAUAAAUAUACCUGUAUGGGUUGUUUGCAGUUUGGAGGAUAUAAAAUCAGUUCAUUAAUUCUUUCAUGGCUUCAGGGUUAAGUCUCUGUUAGUGGUGCUUGAUUCACAGUAUGUUGAAUGAAUAUGCUAUAAAACAAACUACAGCCCAUUCUUUCCAAUCAAAACUGUUUUUUCACUUCCA